CUCUUCUGAAGAAUUCUGAUCCUUAAUUAUUACUUGCUUCUGUUAUAUUUAUGAACAUUUCACACGAAGUUGGCGACCAGCGUUUUAGUUAUCAAUUUGCACGUGUGAAAGCACCCAUGAUAAUUAUUCCCAACAGCCGGGUAUUCGGUGCCGUUUAUCCGGUUACGGCCUCGUUUGAAGCCUGAAACCGUAUAAACAGACUGUUUAUCCGGUUGGUAGGAGAAAUCUCGUAUGGGCACUAUUGUAUUUAUAUGUAUUUCUAUAGUUCUAUCAUCAAGGCGAAUCUGGUAUUAGUUCAAGUCACCGCUAUUUUGAGGUGGCGCUCAGUGUAUUUAUUUCGUACGAAUGGGCUCCCAACAGCCGUGUACUCAGUUGCCGGGUUCGUGUGAAAUAGGGUGUCCAUCUGUUCGCACAAGUAGGGCAUGCGGCAUGUCGGACGAAGACACAGGUGAUAAACUGAUGAAACAGGACUUUUUUUGAAACGCUAAAAAAUAAAUUUGCCAAAAAAAUUAUAAUAAAUGUAUCUAAAAUAUAUUUUACAUGGGUGUUCCCCAUCUACAGAGAAAAAAAAUAAGAAUUUUUAAUUUUGGUGGGGGCAGCACCCCCAUUUAUUCGGCUUAAUUCAAGCUACAAAAAAAACUUAAUCUAACUUAAAAACUAACUUAUAGCUAACUUAGAGGGUGAUCGGGACAGUUAAGAAGGCGGUGUUGGUGUUUAUACUCCGCAACAUUCGAGUGAGGGGUUCGUUGGAUCCAUAGGAUGUACGGUGGGAGGACAAAUAAAAAAGGCGAGGAUUUCUCAGAUUUCGGGGGUUAGUAUUGAAAAAGAUGGAAUUAUAGAGAGUUUGACAGUCAACAGAUCCGGUAAGAAGUCGGUGAAUAAAUAGAAUAUCGUUUAUUUUUCUUCGUUCUUCUAAAGUUUUCAGGUUGAUUAGUUGGAGACGAUUUUGAUAGGGAGGGAGGAUAAAGGGAUCGUCCCACGGUAGGUGACGAAGAGCGAAGCGAAGAAAGCGACGUUGAAUGCUUUCGAUUCUGGCUGUGUGGACAUGGUGAUAUGGUGACCAGACUUGAGAGGCGUAUUCGAGGAUGGAUCUAACGUAAGUUAUAUAAAGGGAGCGAGUGGCGAGUCACAUAAGGGUUAGAGAAUUCUUUGGACCAUCGUUUAACAAAACCGAGGGCUGAGUUGGCUUUGUGUAUCAUGUUAUCGAUGUGCAUUAGAAAACUGAGUUCUCGGUCACAUAUGAGACCAAGAUCUCGAAUCGUUUCAACAAUGGGAAUGUGUUCAUUGUGGAGUAGGUAGUAACGGGGAGGAGAUUUUAUGCGCUUACGUGUGAAGGUCAUUGAUUGGCAUUUGGUUACAUUUAAUUCGAGACAAUGUUUAAGACACCAAACUGAGAAGCUGUCAAGGUCUGAUUGAAUAAGUUUUGAAUCAUUUACCGAUGAUAUUGUUUUAAAAAACUUAGUAUCGUCAGCAUACAACGAGAUAUGGGAGUGCUUUAUGAUCAUAUCGAUGUCAUUAAUGGCAAGAAUAAACUGUGUAAUGUAUCACAAAGAAUAGACGCAAAUUUAAAACGUCCGCAGUCGGCUUUCUUUUAUUUGGUUAUAAAAUACCUCAGUGCGCGAAUUUGACUUUGCCAAGCAAAUAUCUAACCUCAAACAUAAAAAUUCGGCACAUUGACCAGUGAAUAAUAAAGAAUUAGUGAUUAAAAUUUCUAAAUAAAUAAAUAAAUAGUUCAAUGGAAGAUUUCUGCACCCAAUCCUCUACAAACACAAUGACAAAACGUUCAAAAACACAGCAAGUAGCACCACCAACACCACCGCCGCCACCACCACAGUUGAAAGGUAAUUCUCCAGCAGCAACUGUUCAAAAACGGUCGAAGCCCAUACAAUCUCAACAAAAAUCUCUUUCUACACCACCACCAUCGAGAAUUAGUUCCCCAGGUGUAAUGCCCCCAAAAACAAAUAAUGUCAGCGGAGAUCGAACAUCUUAUCUAACGCUCUCAACUCUUGAAGAACGGUUAAACAAACACACCAGCAUGAUCAUAAAUCGUAUAACAUCUGAGCUCUCCAAAAUUCGCUCUGAACUCUUUGAAAGAAUAGAGCAAACUGUAAAUAUUUGGACCGACAAGUUGAACAAAGUAAACACAACAAUAACUGAAAUUAUAAAUCGUGUUGAAUGCAUUGAAGCCAAGUCUUUUGAUGCGCUCACUCUUGGACUUGAUAACAAACUGGCCACUGCAAGUACCACAAUAACAGAUCUUGUGCGGAGAGUCGAUAUCAUUGAAGGAAAAUCAGCUGAUAUGCGUGAGCUGGGUUCAAAGGUUUCAUCAUUACAACAACAUAUUGAUGAAUCGGAGAAAAAAGAGAUUGCAGCGGACGCUGUCUUGUUUGGUGUUCCUUGUUUACCAGAGGAAAACUUAACACUAAUCUUCAAUCGUCUGUGUUCAACCGCCAACUGCAAGCCCACCAGUAUAAAGAACAUUUUUCGUUCUCGCUCUCGAAAUUCUGCGAGUCCAGUUUCACCGCCUGUCAUAAUUAAAUUUGCUUGUGUGCAAGAGAAAUACUCUACAUUAAAGAGCAUCACCGUCUACAGAAAGAAAAAACAAAACAAUCAACUCUCAUUGCGUGACCUGGGUAUGGAUUCUGACAAAGCCUGUUUUUUGAAUGAAAGCUUAUCCAAAAACACUCGCACUCUUCUUCACCAUGCAAUCCGCAUGAGGAAUAAUCACCAACUGUUCAAUGCGUACACAAAACAUGGUUCUGUUUUCAUCAAAUUAACAUGUUGCGGUAAAUUUUACCACAACAAGUUUCAACGACCCAUUCUUAAAACCUUUAACCUUUUUCCAACCCCCCUUCUUUUUGCGGCUCCAAAAUACUUGAAGAGUUUUAAGGGACCUGGUCCAUCAGCCAGAAGCUUACUCUUCGAGCAUCUUGGAAAUGCAACCCCAACAGGUUUACGAGCACAAAUUGGUGUAAAUGGUGGUUCACACCUAUCCAAAAUCAAUAAUCGGACGGAUGGUCCUAUAAAUAACCAUACAAGUAAAUUGGAAGCAUGUGUGUGAGAGAAGACCCACACAGGAUCAAAAGAUAUGAAGUAUUUACCCAUGUCCAACUAAGGUGUGAAUUAUAUCUCACCCAACGUAAUUUUAGUAUGGCCGAGUGCCCACCAUAACGUGUCUAAACAUAAAAGGAAAAUCACUUUGUAGAUGAAUUUCUUUUCCCUUUAUAUCUGCGCGAAGGUCCACGGGUUUAAAGUAAUUUUAUUCUAACAAAAUCCAUCGGAUUCUAUCUCACCAUUUUAGAAGGAAAAUGGUGAUGAUUCCGUUCGACGAAAAUAUUCUUCCUUCAAAUUAUUAGUUUGGGCCGGUUUGGGCUGGGGACUUUGCGCGUUCUUAUAAAAUAGUUUUUCGCUAACUUUUUACAUUGGAAUUGACGGAAAAGGGUUGAAUGCGUCCACUGAGCUAUUGGUGAUCAUGUUCACCAACGCACGGGAUCGCAUGCGAUGGCUGUUUCCAACUCGGCGCAAAUCUCAGCCAAUAGGCGAGAAGUUGCUGAAUGUCCGAAAGAGAACACCACCAUGCAAAAAGAUCUGAGUAGGAUGGCUAUAUGCCGUAACCUCAUGGAUGAGCUUCACCCGCCAUUUUUAUGGCACUUUUUAAAAGACCACCAAAGGAUUGAGAACAUAAAAAAAAAGAGCUAGUGAAAAAUUAUUUUUGCGAUUUUCUUUAAAGUUCGAGUUUUGUGGAAAAUUAAAUUUUAUUUGAAAAAGCCCAGUUGGGGUAUAGAGCGAUAUAGAACAUUAUUCCUAGAAAGGGGAAUAAUUUUGAAGGAAGAAGUUUUCUAGGAGGAGAUCGAAGUACAGGAGAUAGAAUCCGCUGAAGAUAGAAAAGCUAAGUAUAAUUUUGGGUUUUUCUGUGUAAUUCUUUUGUUCGAAAUUGUUCCAUAAAAAGUGAGUUUAUUUGUGGCCCAAUUGAAGGGUAAAAUUUUGAUACCGAUAGGCCUUCGCUACCGUUUUAAUUUUCCCGAUAUUGCGGGACCCGUGACCGUUUUUCUUAACCGUUUGACUUUCGGAAAUUAUCCCUAAGUGAUUUUCCUUUGUGUCCUGCGACACAAAGAAUUGUUCUUUUAUUAUUUUUGGAUUUGCUUUAAAUUUACUUUCACCUCUAUCAAUUCAAUUAUUGGCCACGGCCAUUUUAAUCAAAAACUAUAUUGUCAAUUUUGUUUUCGAAAAAAUUCUAAGUUUUAGACCAGGUUAUCCAAGGUUUCUUAGAUUAAAAGAAUUCAAACUAAAUACUCUAUCUUUUAUUUAAUUUUAUUUGAAGACAUUAUUUUCAGUACACGGUUUGGUAAACUACCAUAAAAGUUUCCUGGCGCCCACUCCCCUUCUUAUAGGUACG